AUGUUCAAAGCAACGCAAAUGAACGUUUUCAUAAACGGGCUAAAACUCCGUCAGAUGACAGAUGGCAGCCAUCUUAUACAGAUUAUUUACACCCCAAAUGGCGCGAUUCAAGAUUGUGAAUACAUCACAGAUGCAAAGACAACAAGAAACUUUUUGAAAACACUACGUAGAGAAUUGAAACUGGCAUUAGACGAGGAAGCAUUCAGAAUAACUGAAAAAAGAAAAAAUGUCACGGAAGACGAACGGUUUUACCGCCAUUUUGGGAACAUGACGUUUCGACUUUUGACAGAUGGCGAAAUGUUGCCGUCUGACAUCGCGUCUUGGUUGGAUUAUGACAGAUUAAAAAUGGAAUGUUUUGAGCGGCACGAAGAGUUAAAAUACAUGAUGGAGAAUAAAAAUAAAUACUCGGAACCGGCGCUAGCGAGGUCACGGCGUUCAUUUCGGGAGAAUUUUAUAAUGCCCGGAACGAAAUGGUGCGGUGCCGGUCAAUUGGCUAGCACCUACAACGAAUUGGGCCAAGAUAGGAACGAGGACAGAUGCUGUAGGGCCCACGAUAACUGUCGAGUCAACAUAGGGGCAUUUAAAAGAAGAUUUGGAUUGUUCAACUAUAGGCCGUAUACGAUUUCACACUGCAAAUGCGAUAGGAGGUUAGUUUUUUUAUAUAUGGGUUUUUGGUCUUUGGGUUUGGUUUGUGGGUUACCUGUUUAG